CUAGAGAAAGAAUUCCAACUUUCUCACCCAUUUUCCAAAAGAUACCCUCUAUUUUCUACUCAUUGAUUUGGUCCUCACCAGCUUUUGAUCUCCCAUAUAUACCAACUCUUCCUUUAUUCAUACUCAAAUCCCCCAUCAAACCCUGCAAAAAGAUAUCGAAAAUGAACCAAACUCAUGUGCAUAUUGCUUACUACUUUGUCCUGGUUAGCCUAUCAAUCUCCCUCAUCGUUCUUACUAUUUUCCUCUACCGUUUCUGCAAAAAGAAACCUGUUGAAUCUGAAGAAACACUUCCCAUCAAGCUCUGUGCUCGCGCGUACCUGUUAACGGAUAUCGAUGCUGCCACCGACGGCUUCAACCACCGGAGAAUUGUCGGCCAGGGCCGCCUAGGAACGGUGUAUGCAGGCGUACUAGAAGAAGGAGAAGUGGUGGUGGCCGUCAAGCGGAUUCUUUCACGGCUGGUGUUGAGUAAUGCAGGAUUCAGGUUUUCUACUAUGAUCAAGUCGCUUUCUUUUGCCCAACACCCCCAUAUAGUGCCAAUUAUAGGCUAUUCAGAAGCUCCUGGUGAGAGAAUUAUAGUUAUGGAGUUUGUUGGCAUGGCAAGUUUGGAUUUCUAUUUACAUCAAAACCCAGAUGGGGCGACUCUGUUGGAUUGGAGCAACCGUUUGAAGAUUGCAGCCGGCGCUGCCCGAGGGCUCGAGUACUUGCACGAAGGUAUGACACCGAAUAUUGUUCAUGGUUGUGUCAAGGCCUCGAAUAUUUUGAUUGAUGUGAAAUUUUGUGCAAGAGUUAGUGAUUAUGGGCUAUCGUUUUUGGCAUCCCAAGAGAAGAAAGGCCUAAUGGGGUAUGUGGAUGAUGAGGCUGGUGCUUGCAAGGAAAAUGAUGUUUAUGGUUUUGGGGUGCUUUUGUUAGAAAUUUUGAGUGGGAGAUUAGAAAGUGAAGAAAAGUUACUUGUUAAAUGGGCAUUGCCAUUGAUUAAAGACAUGAGAUUUUCUGAGCUUUUGGACCCAAGACUCGUAAUUCCUUCUGAUUUAAAUCCUUUUGUUAGACUGGCUAAAGCUGCUUCAGCUUGUGUUGGUAACUCAAGGAAGAGCAGGCCUUCAAUGGGUCAAGUGGCUGCAAUUUUGAACAGUUUGGAGAUGGAGGUAUGCUUUUGAUUCACUGCCUCUCCAAAAUGAGCCAAUUUAGAUGCUAUUUUAUAGCUAAACUGUUAUACGAUUAUCAUACAAUUUGAUAAUUUGACAGUAAAACUCAGAAGAUUAUAUAAUAAUCGUAUAAUAAUCUACAAAAUAGCAUUAUUCUUUAAUAAAUUGGUGCCUCCUAAGUUAUCCGCGGAGCCAAGUAUACUUCUGGUCUAAAAAGGUUGCUGCUGCUACAAGUAUCUAAUCAGAAUAUUCGAAGAAAAAUUGGAAAAUUUGGGCAUUUGACUUUGAUCAAAUCAAAUCAUCUAAGAGAGUAUGAACUUUUAUGGGGCUGAAAGAGCAACACAACAUGUUAGAGUUGUCCUGCAUGUGUUUGACAAGUAUUCUGUGGGAACAGUUGAAUGGAAAGGUGGGAACAGGUGACUUUGUCCUUUGGACGGUGAAUUUUUGAUGUUUUUGUUUGCGUGAGGAACGGGGAAUCUCUUUUGUGAUGAAAGGGACCCUAAUACCUUUCUUUCAAUCAACCUCUUUAUUUCCUUGUCA